ACAAAACAUUCGGUAGUGUUGAUUUUAAAAAAACAUCCAAAAUGUCAGACCCCUCAGCCGAAGCGAUCUUCACCGCAGGAUACGAUGGAGCGUCCAUAGCUUGGAUAUUGACAGCCACGGCGUUGGUCUUUAUGAUGACGUUCGGACUAGCGUUCUUCUACGGAUCAUUGUGCCGUGACAAACACAUUAUCGACACACUCACAAAGACGUGUGUUGUAAUAGGUCUAAUUACGAUACAAUGGGUACUGUUCGGUUUCUCUUUAGCAUUUGGUGGCGACGGAGUGUUCUACGGUAACUUCGACUACGCAGCACUUGUAGAUGUCCCUACCCAGGAUCUUCUCUUCGUUGGCUUCCAAUUGUCCUUCGCUAUUAUCACCGCCGCACUUAUCACCGGCGCUGUUGUUGGUCGCAUGAAGGCCGAGUCCUUCCUGAUCUUCAUAUUCCUGUGGACCACUCUAGUGUAUGACCCCGUCUGCCAUUGGGUAUGGGGCAAUGGAGGAUUUGUCCACUCUAUCGGAGACAUCGCAGGUAACAGUGAAGGAGGAGGUUCUCUUGAUUUUGCCGGUGGUUCUGUAGUCCACAUUUCAUCGGGUGUGUCAGCACUUGCCUGUGCUUUAGUUUUAGGCAAGCGUCACAAGGAAGAUCGCGAUGAGGCCCCAGUUAAACUCACGCUCAACCUUCUUGGAGCUACUAUGUUGUGGAUCGGAUGGAUGGGCUUCAACGGAGGUUCAUCUCUGGCAGCCGAUUCGGUCGCUGCUUUGGCACUACUGAACACUCAGGUCUGUGCAGGAACUUCGAUGUUCACAUGGGCUAUAAUUGAUCUUGUAUUGAAGAAAAAGGUCGACUUAGAAGGUGCUUUGUACGGUGGAGUAUGUGGUCUUGUUGUUAUCACACCCGCCGCAGGGUUUGUCAUUCCAGGGUAUGCUCUGCUCAUGGGCAUCUACGGUUCUGCAAUUUCCUAUCUUGUACUCUGGGCGUGGAUGAAGUACGCACACUUGUCUUGGGUCGAUGAUUCACUGUACGUAUUCUGCUCACACGGGGUUGGUGGUAUGAUCGGUGCCUUCUCGACUGGACUUUUCGCAACGACAACUGUUAACGAUUGGGGUGCGGAUGGUGCCUUCUACGGGCGCCCCAUCCAACUGGCAUACCAGGUCUUCGAUAUUGUUGUGGUUGCCGCAUGGGCCUUCACAGUAACCGUCAUCCUAAUGCUGGGUCUUAAAUAUACCAUUGGCAUCCGUGCCGAGUAUCAGCCUGAGAUGUCUCCCGAUGAAAUGUCAAAGCUUGGUCUCAGUAACCCAGGCGCCUUCGAAGGGUCGCUUGUAUUACCCGGACCUCCCCUUAUGAGUGAAAAGAAGGAAACAGCAGUCGAUGUUGUAACCGACUCGCAUGAUGUCAAUUCCGGGUCCAGACAAGACAAAGAUAGAGAGAGCUCUGUGGUAUGUUAGACAUACUAUACAAGGACGCCUGGUGUGCUCGUGUACACAAGGUGUAUGUAUACAUAAGCGACCGUGUAUUACGGUCGUAUAUGAACGGUGAUUAUAGCAUAGGCAUCGCGGGUUGAGAGCGUAUGAGUGUAUAUAAAGAAUCUGUGAGUAAUACAAUCUGCCGAGCGCGAGAAAUAACCCAAGGUUGAGGAUAGACCCCGUUCCUAUCCCCACCCUUAUGCGGCGUGAUGAUCGGCUUCCACCGAUUGGUCGUCAUGUGCAGGAC